UUUACAUUGAUCAUUCAACCACAGUGUAACAGUUUAGUGAGAAUGGCCGAGGCCUUCGCAUAUUAUCGUGGGACCGGUUGGUCGGCAAAGGUGAAGACGAGGACAGGAUGUACAACAUGCAAGAUACGUAAGGUCAAGUGUGAUGAGACAAAACCGCAGUGUGUACGGUGCAAGAGCACCGGCCGCAGGUGCACAUACGCCUUGAAUCAAACUGAGAUGCGCGUCCCUCGUGGGUCGACGCCGUCCAUCGAGAGCAGCUAUCCCCUUGGCGACUUCGUAGACCACGAGUGGCAAGAGCGACGCGCUUUCGAGUACUAUUUUCACCGCGCCGGACCUGCAAUUGGCGGUUAUUUGGACCAUCGGUUCUGGAAGGGCGUUGUUCCAGAAUUAUGCCGAUCGGAGCCCGCAGUUUGGGACGCUGUCGUCGCCAUCAGUGCUCUAUUUGAAUAUCCAGACCCGUUUAUUGGCCCUCCCAUGGUUUUUCAAGGCACCACAUCGGUCGGGAAGCACACCAAGGCUGUAUCCUGGUACUCACGGUCCAUGGCACGUGUCCGACAAAGGGUUGCAUAUAACGACUUCAACCCGCAUGUCGCACUCAUAACCUGCGUCCUCUACAUCUGCAUCGAGGCGCUUCAGGGUCAUGUCGUGGAGGCCAUGCAAUUGUAUGAACAGGGGGUCCAUCUCAUCAUGACUCUACAGCAGUCUUCAACCAUGCCAUACUAUACAAAUGUAUUGCAGGAGGUCAUAACACCUAUAUUCUUCCGACUUGGUGCUGCAGCGAUGAUCUCGGGGGGGUACCCAGUGGGGAAGGGUGUCAGAUCUGUUACUGGGCGUGGAAGUCCAAGUUUUGCGACCCUCACCGCGGCCCAAACAGCUAUGAUUGACUUAGUCACAGAAGCCUUCCUAUUGGGGAACGACGCGCGUAGAUACUACGGUCGUCAGAGAUGCGACGACAAUAACGCAUCGUCCUUGGAAGAACAACAGUGUGCUCUUACGCUCAGGCUGGACAGUUGGGAGAGGGCCUUUGCUCACCUAAAGGACCGAGAGAUGGGAGCGCCUCCCAAUUCUCCAAAUGUCGGGGCUGUGCAAACGCUGCUGACUUAUCACGCAGUUACUUCCAUCUUGAUCUCCACGUGCAUAGCAGAUAACGAGAUGGUGUACGAUGCGCAGAUGGAUCGGUUCCGGCAGAUCGUCAAACACGCAACAUCUGCACUCGAUGCAUCCAAUGUGGUAGAUGGUGCACAACCUCCAUUCACGUUUGAGGCUGGCAUAGGACUACCACUGUUCUACACGGCUGUGAAAUGUCGGGACUGUUUCCUACGCCGCAAGGCAUUGAUUCUCCUUCGACUAGCACCGCCGGUUCAAGCAUUCUUCAAGUGUGCAGCAUGGGCUGCGCUUGCUGAAACGAUUAUCCACAUUGAAGAAGAUCUUGUUCCAGAAUCGCACUCCUGGAUUCCAUCUGCUACCACUUUUGAAGACAAGGUACAGGCAUCGGAUAGCCCCGCAUCAGUCUCCUAUAACCUACCCCAUGCGCCAUGUAAACAUAAGAUUGCUUCCGCCCAAGUCAUUGCUCUGCAGCACGACAGGGAGCCUUUGGGUGAAAUAGAGGAUGACCAAUCGGGCUUAUCCACGUGUGGAGGGCACAUCCCGGAACAUCGUCGUGUGCGUGAGUUUGGAGUGUUCCUUGCAGAGACCAAUUGUAACUGCUCAGCAGGUAGUACUGACCACUACAGCGAGCCAACUACUGAGUCCCAUAACCAGAUCUUCCUUAGGUUCACGCGUAGACAGCGUGAUGGAUCCAAUGAGCAGUCAAGAGUGGCAGAGUGCUUCAUACCGAUGAAGUAUUGAGAGUGGUAGAGUAACCGGCCGACGUUUAUGUGAUUAUGCACUCUGAGAUAUAUCGACAAGUGCGUUUCCGUUGUCAGAGAGCCUCGUUCUCCGGUAGUAGGGCAAAUGAGGAUUUAACAAUGUCUACUCACCCUACUUGCAAUUCUUCAUAUAUCAUUUCUCCGUAAUAUCGACCGGGAUCGGCUUUAGGAUUGAUCUUGUUCUAUUAUGGUUCAGCCUUGAUUGUAUGACCUAAGAGUCGGAAGCGCAACGACAUCGGAUUCUCUGCAGAUACAAGGCAUGGUGCGUUAUUCAGCUCGGGAAUUUAUGAGAAGUAACCCCUCGUGUGGGUAGAGGGUGAUAUCGAACCGUUUGGAGGCUUCGUAUUUUGGGAGCUCUUGGCUCGCUUUGACACUGGUCCCACCAGUAAAGUGACGAGAACACGGUGGCUCUUAUGUGGGACAGGAAGUUAAUGCUUAAACGAGCUUCUUUCGCUUUCCUUCGUUCUAUGGGCCUGACAAAUCCUCUUUAGUUAAGCCUCCAAGGUCGCGAUUCCUAGAUUCUUCAGAUUUGGCAUAUGCCUAUAUC